AGACUGUUGAUGUGAACGACAGAGCUCGAUCGGGCGAUGGACAGUAAAUAAGAGGAUAUACUGAAGACCGUGGUGUUUUUAUGUUUUGUUUUAUGUACACGGAACGUGUUUCUUUUAUUUUAGAUGGUGAUUAUUCUCUCAGUUGAUGGAUCAGGUUCAUGGACCAGGAUUGUGAGAUGAGCUCCGCCGUAGUUUGGGAUGCGCAAUGCGCUUUGCUGCCGCCGCUGCUGACUAGGACUGCUGCAGUGUAAACAAGACUGUCCCAGCCUACAGCUCUGCUGUCUGUGGGCGAAAGAGACGACACAGUGCCAAUGGUAGUUGACUUUUCAUCUUACACAAGCACGAUUUCAUCAUGAAACCUCCGAGGCUUUUCUGUGCGCAACGACUUCAUUUCUGCAGCGGAGCUUUCUUUAUUUAAUUAAACUGGACAUCUGUCAGUCUGCACCUCUGAUACCUUUACGAAACCAGCAGAGGCUCAUCACAUCGUUUGAUUAAUCGGAUGGACUUUGCUGCUGAGGAAAGUAUCAACUCCUUCUUGAAUCUCGGGAAAAUGAGUGACAACGAGGAAACAUCAGAUGCUGAGAACACGACACCGUCCGGGAGCGCGACCUUGCCGCUCCGGCCGCCUUGCGACCGCCCCUCUUGCAAGAGCAGCGUGUGCUCCCGCUCCUACUUCGUGGUAGUGAUGGUGUUUUUUCACGUAUACAUCAUUAAUGUCAUAGCACUGCUAUUUUACGUGCACUACAACAGUGGGCAGGACGAUACCAGUCAGAGCCGUGAUGCUCCGAGCAGUAACCAGCAGCGGCCCGAGCCGCGACGUCCGCCAUCAAAGCCCGAGUUUCUGCGUGAUGGUGCUCUAACAAGAAUCGAGGGGAUACGGGUAGGACACGUCCAGAAGGUGUCACUGGUGCAAAACAAAGUGCAUGAAAUGAGGACUCUGAGUCUGAAACCUCUGCUGUUUGAGAUCCCUGGGUUUUUGUCGGAGGAUGAGUGCCGUAUUGUGAUGCAGCUUGCACAGCUAAAGGGUCUAAUGGAGAGCCAGCUGAUGGUGCAAGACGGCCAGGAAGAGCUGGCCAAGGAGCUCAACCUCAGCCCAGAGGAGAUAUUCAACCUUCUUGAUAUCAACCAGGAUGGACAGUUGCAGCUCCAUGAGAUACUGACUCAUUCUCGAGUGAGGGACGGCAUCUGGCUCACACCGGAGAAUCUGAGAGAAAUCUACACUGGGCUCAAAGCUGACAAGGAUGGUAAUGGCUUGCUGAGUCUAGAAGAGUUCAGGCUUCUGAGCAAUGAUGCCUUCCAGCGCUUCCUGCUGCAGCGAGGGGUGAAGAGGAGUCAGCUGGUGAGGAACAGCAGACACACGUGGCUGUAUCAAGGCAAAGGAGCACACCAGGUCCUCCAAGACAUCAAGGCGAGGGUGACUCGCCUCACUCGACUCCCGCCCACCUUAGUGGACCUCAGUGAGCCUCUCCAGGUGGUUCGCUAUGAGGAGGGAGGACACUACCAUGCCCACCACGACAGCGGCCCCGUAUAUCCUGAAACAGCCUGCACACACACACGCCUCGCAGCAAACACCUCCACUCCUUUUGAGACGUCUUGCAGGUACAUCACAGUUCUCUUCUACCUGAACUCUGUUGAGGGGGGCGGGGAGACCGCAUUCCCUGUGGCAGACAACAGGACCUAUGAUGAAGUGUCUCUCAUUCAGAAUGACGUUGACCUUUUGGACACCAGAAGGAAUUGUGACAAGAGUAACCUGAGGGUGAAGCCUACCAAAGGGACAGCUGUUUUCUGGUACAACUACCUUUCUGAUGGAAGAGGUUGGGUGGGAGAGCAGGAUGAAUACGCUCUGCAUGGAGGCUGCGUGGUCACCCAUGGCACUAAGUGGGUCGCAAAUAAAUGGAUCAACAUUGAUCCGGAUUACCAGCGGCAGGCUCGCUACCAGCAGCUGGUUUCACAGCAGCCAGAUGACGAGGAUGAUGAAGGUCCGACUCUGAACUCGGACAUACAGAGUUCUGAUAUCCAUCAAGACUUGUAGCUCAUAAACCAAAAAAAAUUGAAAAAAAAUAAAUAAAUUCUACAUAGCCUUCCUCAGUCCUGUGCACAACUUCUUUGGCAACAUCCUCUGUGGCCAGUAUGUAGAGACAAUAUUUAUUCAGGGAAUGAGGUCACAGUGGGUUUAUGCAACUGUAAAGAGAUGCUUUUGUUAAAUAUUGCUUGGAUAUUGUUAUCCUGUUCUUUUUUAAUCUCCCAUAAUUUCCCAUUUUAGGAAUGUUGCACUAGAAACUCAUUGAAAGGAGUUGAGACAAAAAAAUAUCCCCUUGCAUGCAUUAGCUUCACAGAUGUUGCUGUUGCUAUGAGCAGAAAUUGCACUUGAAAAUUGAAAUGGCUACUGUAAACAUUUCAAUGUCCUACCUUGUUGUGGCUGCCGUUACCAAAAAAGGUUCACACACUGUCAGUGUGAUGCAUGUUGUCUUGUAUUUGUUCUUUGAAUUCCUCAUUAUUUUCUACCAGAUUAUUCUUGAAAUGUAUUGUUUGGAUGUCUCAUUUGAUCUAUUUAUUGUUUUCUCCAAAAAUGCACUCUUAUCACUCUCCCACAUUGAAUAAAGCUAAAUUAAGCUCA